CCGAUGGUUGAACUCAGACCAAACAUGCAUUGUACCCCUCACCAGGUGUGAAGGAGCCUGGCGCUGCACACAGGAAGAAAGCGCCAGGUCCAGACAUGCAUAGGCGAAGAGGUACCUUGAAGACGAAGCUGGAGCAAUGGCGCUGCAGAGUGUCACUAAUGUUCGCCACGCAGGAAUAGAGGAGGCCGCAGAGUGGCUAUCGAAGCAGCUGGAAAAAGAACUGUCCAGCAUUUCUGUGGAGGAGGCUGUGUACCUCGCCCGUGCAUUCGCCCACUACAUGAACUUGACAAGCAUUGCGGAGACACACCACAGUGUGAGGCGAACAAAGGCACCAAUGCUGUCGAAGUCAUGUGACGAGGUUUUCAGCCAGCUCAUCCAGAUGGGGCAUUCUCCACAGGAGCUAUACGACUAUUUCUGCCAGCAGGAGGUGGAAAUUGUGCUGACGGCGCAUCCUACUCAGAUUAAUCGGCGGACUCUGCAAUAUAAGCACCUGCGAAUAGCGAAUCUCCUUGAAAAAAAUGACCGUCCGGACCUAACCCAAGAAGAUAAGGAGCUCCUUAUUGAAGAUCUGGUUCGAGAAAUAGUGUCUCUCUGGCAAACAGAUGAACUGCGACGUCGGAAGCCAACUCCACUAGAUGAAGCGAGAGGAGGCCUGCAUAUUGUAGAACAAUCCCUCUGGAAGGCCAUUCCCACUUAUUUGCGGAAAGUCAGCGCCGCUUUGAAGAAGCACACAGGAAAGCCGCUGCCAUUGACUGUUGCACCAAUUAAGUUUGGGUCGUGGAUGGGUGGAGACAGGGAUGGGAAUCCUCAUGUGACCGCAAAGGUGACCCGUGACGUCUGCUACUUGGCAAAAUGGAUUGCUGCGGACUUGUAUCUCAGGGAGAUUGAUGGCCUGCGAUUUGAGCUGUCUGUUAGCAACUGUAGCGAAGAACUUCACCGUGUUUGCAUGGAUCUUCGAGCCAAAGAGCAUGAAAUGCAUGCAGGGGGGCAUCACCAUGGACAGCAUGGGGACGGGUGGGUGGACCGUAACGUGAAUAAUCUUGAAGUGGCAGGGAUGAGCGUUGGCGCUCUCCCUGAAGGCAUUGAUUUGCCUAUGGGUACGGAUGGAGUGCACGAAGUUCCCCACAGUGUCGACCUCCCCUCUGCCAUUGUACGUCUCGAUGAUACUCUGCAGCCACUGAUCACAAGUUAUUCGAAUGGCCAGUCCAGAGAUCCAUCAUCCCCCACUUCAUCGGCCUCAGACUCACCAAGAUUGGCAACACCGACCUUUGCUAGCACCCCAACCUCUGGUCCUGGUCCUUUGGAGAAGUUUUCCCGCGCUCCUUCGACCGAUAAACUGUCACGUGCCAAUUCCUCUUCUCAGUUGUCUGAGAAAGGUAGCAGUGUGACAGUUGCGUCGUUGUUACACUCACAGAAGAGAAGAGCAGAACUGGUGACCUCCUCGAGUGUUGAUAGACUUCUUAAUCCCAGGCGCCCUGAUGUGGCUCCGUACAGGGUGAUUCUGGGUCAUGUGCGGCAGAAGCUUGUGAACACCCGCAACCGAAUGGAAGAGCUAUUGGAGGGUAUAGCAACUGGUGAUGAGGAGAUCUAUGAGACAGCAGGAGAACUGAUGGAACCGCUUAUGCUUUGCUACCAGUCUUUGGUCUCAACGGGGUCGUCAAUAUUGGCUGAUGGACGGCUUGGAGAUUUGAUAAGGAGGGUGGCCACCUUUGGGAUGAACCUCAUGAAGCUCGACCUGCGUCAGGAAGCAGAAAAGCAUGCGGAGGCUUUGAAUGCAUUGACGACAUAUCUGGAGCUUGGAUCAUACAGUGAAUGGAGUGAGGAGAAGAAGUUGGAGUUCUUAGUUGCGGAGCUGAAGGGAAGGCGACCAUUGGUCCCGCCUAACCUUGAGGUAUCUCCAUCGGUGCGUGAAGUGCUGGACACUUUCCGGGUGGCAGCAGAGUUGGGAACGAACUGCUUAGGUGCUUAUGUGAUCUCCAUGGCUGCGGAGGCUAGUGACCUUCUGGAGGUUGAGCUGCUCCAAAGAGAGGCAAGAUUGAUUGUGUCGGGAGAGCUGGGAAGACCAUGUCCCGGAACAACGCUCCGCGUGGUGCCACUUUUUGAGACUGUGAAAGAUCUAAGGGGUGCUUCUGGAGUCAUCCGGAGGUUGCUGUCAAUCGAUUGGUAUCAUAAUCAUUUGGUCAAGAAUCACAAUUCUCAUCAGGAGAUCAUGAUCGGUUAUUCUGAUUCCGGGAAAGACGCAGGCAGGCUGGCUGCUGCAUGGGAACUGUACAAGGCACAGGAGGAUAUUGUAGAGACGUGUAAGGAGUACGGAAUCAAGGUGACAUUGUUUCAUGGUAGAGGAGGAACAGUAGGGCGUGGAGGGGGCCCUAUGUACCUGGCUAUUCAAUCACAGCCGCCGGGAUCAGUACAAGGAAGAUUGAGAGUGACAGAGCAGGGGGAGAUGGUACAGGCGAAGUUUGGCCUGUCAGCUGUUGCUGUUAGACAGAUGGAAAUCUACACAACUGCGGUUUUAUUGGCCACGGUCCACCCUCCGAUGCCCUCUCGCACACAAAAGUGGCGUGAUUUGAUGGAGGAGAUGGCGGAAAUAAGCUGCGAGAAGUACCGUGAUGUCGUCUUCCGCAACGAGCAGUUCUUGCAGUACUUCCAUGAGGCUACACCGGAGGCAGAGCUGGGCAACCUUAACAUCGGAAGCCGUCCGACGCGGCGAGGGAAAUCAGGAGGCAUUCAUCAGCUCCGUGCAAUCCCGUGGAUUUUUGCAUGGACACAAACGCGUUUCAUUCUGCCAGCGUGGCUAGGAGUUGGUGAAGGUCUGAAAGCAAUGUUCGAGAAGGGUCACAAGGAAGAGUUGCAGGAGAUGUACAGAGAGUGGCCAUUCUUCCAGUCGACAAUGGACCUUGUCGAGAUGAUAUUUGCGAAAGCAGACAUCCACAUUGCGAAACAUUAUGACGAAGUUCUUGUCUCCCCUGAGAGGAGAUCUCUCGGUGAGGAGAUGCGCAAGAGCUUCCAAAGGACAAUUGAUAUGGUGCUGCAGGUGAGCGGGCAUCAGAUUCUUGCAGAAAACAACAGAACCCUCCUGCGAAAGUUGAUCUGCCGUACGCCAUAUCUCAAUCCAAUCAACAUGCUUCAGGUCGAAAUUAUUCGCCGCCUUCGGAAGGAGGACUGCAAUCAGAAGUUACGUGACGCCCUCCUGAUCACCAUAAAUGGAUUAGCAGCGGGAAUGCGAAACACAGGUUGAAGGGAGAACUGUGACCUCUCUGAUGGAGAGGCAGUAAGUGUGAAAUACUGGUUGAUGACCCUCUUAUCGAGUAUCGAGGGGUGGCAACAAAUGCCAAAUUCUGUGACCCUUGUAUUGAGAUGGGAGAGCUGUAACCUUCAUAUGGAGAGGCAGCAAGUGAGCAUCAUUCGGCAUAUAAGAAAAUGAAUGUUGUCUUUCUACCAGCUGUCCCGUGGGACGAGCACGGUAGAUAUAGUGAAAGACAGCAGAAGGCAAGAAAACGUGGACGGCGAGGCUGAAGAAAAGAUGAGAGAGAGCUUAACACAGCUGAAGGUGAGAAGGCCAACCACAAUAUACUUUUUCAAGACGCGAAGUUUUGUACUCGUCAACAGAACUCUCUCCAUUCAAUACUGUUUUGGUGUCCACCAAGAUGGCAGGGUUUGAGUGAAACCCAUGGCAGGGAAGGAUCAGGGAAGUUUGUUUCUGGAGUGUGUGAAAUGCAUCGGAAUUCCUUAGACAAGGUCUGCUGGAGUUUCAAAAAGAGUUAUCAAGGGCAAUCGCAGCAGAGGAUGUUCCGCGGAGACAGAGACCGAGUUAAUCUGCUGAUGGGCCAGGAUGUUCUGCAGAGACAGGAGACAGAGACCGAGUUAAUCUGCUGAUGGGCCAGACUAUCUCGGGACUUGGUGCACGAAGGUGUAUGUUGAAAAACCUGGUGGAAGUAAGUGUUUACGCGGAAAAGACAUCUGGAACGUUCACUUUUGGUGGAAUCUGUCGUUGUGAAACUUAAACGAACUUUUUUAUCAGAAGUUAGGGGACUUGAGAUGCUGUGUGAGACUCCGGGCACAAAAAGUGCGGCGACGCAGACAUCCCCGUAAGAAAGGUGUUCUCUUAUUUGCAUGAAGUUUGUGGAAGGAGAAUGGAGACACAGAAUUGCUCAACGUCUUUUGCGGUGAAGUUGAUGCAAAGGUUGGGCUAGGUUCUUGUCCACACAUAAGACUGGCAGUUUGGGCUAAGGUUCGUGAGCGUCAGAAGAAGCUUCCGGAAGGUUAUUGAUGUUGCAGGGAGCACUGAAUGUGAGUUUGUGCAUGUGGCGUCAAUGCAAGAUACCUCGCCGUAUGGUUGAGAUGGUGCAGAAUGUCGUCGGAUCAAUUGGGAGAAGUUUGGACCCCUUGUAUUGUUGUCAUCCUCCAGAGUUCUGUUCACUCUCGACAUACUCUAUCGUUUCUUCAUGUCGAGUUUGCACCCUUGCACAGCAUGUGAGUUGCAUCGGUGAGCCACACCCGUUUAUAACAAGGGCUGCCUUGGUGAGCCACACCCGUAUAUAAAAAGGACUGCCGGAUGGGUGGGAGCUGCCUCGGUGAGCCAAACGCGUAUAUAAGAAGGGCUGCCGGAUGGGUUUCCAAUGUACCGGCCUGGCGGGGUCCAGUUCAAUCUGUUCCGUCCGACUGCAAUCUGCAAAAAAGUUAGGUUCAGAAGGUCUGGUCGUGGACUGCUUGCAUACCAUUGUUCUCCAGAGGUUCCGUUCAUUGAAUGUAGUCGUGUUUUCUUCAUUCCAAGCGUGCACCAGAGCACAACAGCAUGUGUGUAUGUGUGGAGUUCACAACGAGCCAGAUAGCCAUUCCAUCAAUGGACCUGGUACCGUGGAUGGGAAUUGGAUCUCCAACAUAGGAUUCUCCUCCCCUACAUCUAAGUUCCCUAGUUAGGAACUGUGCUGCACCAGGUAACGAUCGACCAGGUUCGAUGGACCAGGUUCAAAAAUAGGCAGUCCAGUAGGUGAGGUAAGUGUUCGAACAAUGGACCAGGUUCCCACAUAGGAUGUGCGCGGUGGUGAAUUCCAGAAGAAGAGAAUGGCAAGUUUGGAGAAGUGAAGAUGACCCUGCCAUAGGGACGAGGUGUUGUGUCCAUCGUCUAUUGAUUAAUGGAUUUCAGGAGAACGUCAAACAGAUUUGAAUGAACAAACGAAAAGUCGAAAACUGACUCCGGUGCUGUUAGCCUUUUACCACCGUCCCGGUCCUGCAAUGAGAAGAUAAAGGAGGACAAUGUAGUCGUUGUGAAAGGAGGUCGGUUUCUUGGUGCAUUGUCAUGCAGGAGCUAUUUUUAGGAUAUUGGCCCUCCUUGCACUACGCACCGAUUGUGCAAAAUGAGAUGAGAAUGGAUCUUCCGCUAGAAUAGAACAUGGCGAAAUAAAAAUACACCGCCAUAUUUUUGGUCUUUUGUGCAUGUGGAGAGUAGUGGACUGAGGCCCAUUGACAAGGACAAGUGCGUAGCAGUACAGUGUAGAAUGAUGUUUCGCAGUAAAUAGGUGAUAAAUUUGGCAAACGUGUAAAAGUGUUCGAAUAGCGAACAUCUGAUGGUGGAGUUGUCGGGAGUAGGAGUGGCUGUCAGGCAAAGGGCCGAAGGCCAGCGUGCAUUCGCGUGCUUCCCCAAGUGCACAAGGCCGAAGGGCUGCAGGGUAUGCUUCCCCGAAAACGACUCUCUUCGAGCCGCCUCAUCUCGUAUAAGCGCCAGGGGGCUUGCAUCACAGCUCCAGGCACGAAGUGCAGCAAGACAUGCUAGGCAAUGAGAAACACUAUUGAAGAUGAUAGGCAAUGAGAAACACUGUUGAAGAUGAUAGUGGCACGGAAUGGAGAGCUUGCAAGGCAAAAGACUAGAAGCGCAUAAAUACGACGAGUCGACGACGAGUGCGCAUGCGCAUGUAGCUUGUUUCGUAUCUGUGUGGAGCCUCAGGUGAUGUAUGAGGAAGGGGUUGUCCAACCGAUCUCACCACAUGCUCACUGUGCGCAUGAGCAUGAAUCCCCUUUCUAAAUACUAUGAGGAGGGGUUUGUCCAACCGAUCUCACCACAUGCUCACUGUGCGCAUGCGCAUGUAGCUUGUUUUGUAUCUGGCAGGCACCUUUCGAUGCAUGGUUAUGAGAAUACCGCUAGGUGACUGUGUAUGGGAGGGAUUAUGUUGUCGGGUGAUGCUUCACAGUGAGCAUGUGGUGGAAGCCCUUGCCUUAUCCUGGAGGUGCAGGUGUGUGCAUAUCAACAGUUUAAGUCAGCUGAGCGAUACAGAGCAUCAAUGAGAGAAGAUACGGUGUUGACGGAGCUCGCCACACACUUCUUAAUGAUGCGGACUGUGUGUGUGUUCAGGUAAGCAGUGGUAGAGAAGAGGAAUUGUGUCAUAUGCAUCAUACAUCACAGUUUAACAAUUUCUGUGCUAGUAGUAGUGUACGUGCUAUAUCCUAGUAUGUGUUGUAGGGGUGAUCAGCCCAGUGAUGAUAUGUCAAUGCCAUCGCCCUUUCUUUGGAAUAGAUAGAUAGGAGUUAAAAAAAAAAAGUUAAAACCGAAAAAGUCGAGGGGUAGAGGGGGAGGAGGGGGCAUACUUUUGAAAUUGUUAUGGCAUUGGAACAAGUCUUUCCUAGAGAAAAAAUGGGGUGGUUAUCAUAAUUCUGACGAGACUCUCUCUCUCUCUCUCUCUCUCUCUCUCUCUCUCUCUGGUGUUCCCGGUGAAGCUCUGGAUGAGACUUUUCUUGGGUCGCGACUUCCAGUAGACAGUUCCUAGAACUUUCUCCUGCUUUGGUGGUAUAUCUGAAUUUCUGCAGGGUAGGGAUUUAGUGUGAAAAGGAUGGCUUCCUGCUGUUCAGUGGAUGCAUCUAUAGACAAUCAUAGCCAGAUUCGAGAGGCGUGAGAAGAGGAGGCAUGAAGGCCGCUUUGUGGUGGUAUGCCAGAUGAAUUUAAAAAUUUCGCAUUGUCCGACCUCGUUUACAGCUUCAGUUUUUCUCCAGAUUUGGAAACUAAUUUGUGUGUCUGAGAAGGGAAAAAAAAAAACAUUUUUGUCAGCAGUUCGGGAUGGAUGCGUCAUCGAGAAGUAUAGCCGGUUUCUGUAGGAGUGAGAAGGAGAAGCCCAUUGCGCACUCUGUGAUCGAUUUGCCCGAUGAAUUUCACAUUGUCCGUCUUCAUUCAUGGCUUCAACUUUGGGAUUUGAAACAUAGAGAAGUGUAUCUGAUUACCAAAAAAAAAAAAAAAGUGUAUCCGAGUACUACAAUCCAGUUUUGUCAGCAGUGCAAUCCACUUCAGCAAUUUUGUGUCCGCUUCGGCAGUUUUGUCUCCACUUCAGCAGAGCAUCAAUCUCAGAGCAAGGCAGCCAAGCGCGACUGGUGUGGUUGGGUUGGACUGCAUAGCACGGAGGAAAAUGUUGGGUCUUUCCUGGCCAGAUGCAUCAUCUACUUGAGCAUCCGAGAAUGGGGGAAUGCCUCCUUCCUGACCAGAUGCAUCGUCUACUUCUUCACGGCAAUACAGUUUUCUGGCAGUGCGUGCGCCAUGAAGAUUGUACAAUGUACUUGCAGCCACCAUGGCUGUAUCCUUAUUCAGGAAGCUGUCACGGCUAUGGACAUGCGAUGCUGGACCCGGUUUUCAGCAGAAGCGGCCCCCCGUCUCUGCACUCGAAGCUAGGAAGGGGGUAAGGAGCCAGCAAUCGCCCCCCCUGGUGGCCCCCUGUCUCUGCAUUCCAAGCGAGGAAGGGGGCAAUGAGCGAGCAUUCGGCCCCCUUGGUGGCCCUCUUAUCUCUGCAUUCGAAGCUAAGAAGGGCAUAAGGACCAGCGAUCCCCCCGCCUUUGGUGGCCCCCUAGAGGGUAAGGCGUAAUCGCAGUUGUAUACGCGACUGUUGGAUGCACGGUCAUAAAACUCACAGCAUAAUAUCAUGCUUGCCUAUGCGCUGUGCUGUUUACAAUUGUGCUCUGUAGUGGUCUGUAGUUUCUACUUCAGUGCUUUGUAGUUUCUACUUCAUAAUACUAAUGGUUUCAUGAGUGUUCACCAUGAUGAGGAGUUAGUGAAACUCCGCCCCUCGUUUGUUGUCGUCUUCUUCCUCUCUGCCAAGGAUUUAGUGGGCAGUUCAACUUGAUGAUAUAUAUACAAUAUAUAUCGUAUGCAUAUAUGACGAUAUAUAUAAUAUAUGUUUAUAGUAUAUAUAUAUAUAUAUAUGUAUGUUUAUAGUAUUUGAUGUUGGUGACGAUAUGGCAACCAGAUUUUUUGGGGGGCGGCAAUGGCAGUGCUGUUGCAUUGACAUACUUGGUGUGUGAUAUGUGUCCUCGCUAUAGUUUACACUUCUUCAAACUUCACUGGCUGGUGGUAAGCUUUAUCAGCAGCGCCGCCGCCGCUCUCCGCAAUUACUUUGAGAGGGGAACUCGGUGAAGCUUCUUGAGAGCUAAAAUGUGGAGGUGGUAGAGCUCUGACACACACCGAACAAAGUGCAGGUUUUGGGUUUUCGUCGUGGCUGACCCAAACUUGGGAACUCUCUGGUGAACUCUCUGGUGAACUUUCCGCUCAGCCGUAAUGAACUGGUGUUUUUCUG